AUGACUGAAACUCAUACUGAAACUAUGACUUCACACCGACACUCGUUAUUAUUUGAAUGCUUCCAAAUUGGUUCAUUAUGCCUGGUUUGGUACAGUUCAUCAGCAGUAGGCAAUGUUAUUGUCAAAGAGCUACUCGAAGUAUUUCCGUUUCCAUUAACAGUUACACUUGCACAAUUAUUAAGCAUAUGGAUUCUUUGUGUUCCACUUAUGCAAGUAUGGAAAGUUCCUCCGCCUGAAUAUCUUCAUCAAAAUCGUAUUUAUUAUUUUAAAGUAAUAAUACCACUGGCAAUAGGUAAAUUUCUUGCACAAUUAUCAUCUCAUGUUAGUCUUUGGAAAGUGCCUGUUUCUUAUUCCCAUACAAUAAAAGCAACAAUGCCAUUGUUUACUGUAGUUUUAUCUCGUCUUAUACUGCGUGAAAAACAAACUAGUACUAUUUAUUUAACUCUAAUCCCUAUUGUUGUCGGAGUUGUUAUAGCAUCAGUUACAGAACUUUCAUUCAAUAUGACGGGCUUAAUUAGUGCUUUACUUUCUACAUUUGGUUUUUCAUUACAAAAUAUUUAUUCGAAAAAAUCUUUGAAAGAUAUUGCCAUUCAUCAUUUUGUGUUACUUUCAUUGCUAGCUAAAAUCGGGUUUUGUCUAUUUAUGCCAUUUUGGUUUUUUUUCGAUGGAUAUACUAUUUAUUAUAAUGAAAAAUAUCGUGAAUACAAAGCAAUGUUGCAUGCUAUCUUUUUUUUAACUGUUGAUGGUGUACUUAGUUUUAUACAUAAUGUUGUGGCUUUCACAAUUAUAUCACUGGUAUCACCACUAUCUUACAGUAUCGCGAAUAGUACGAAGCGUAUUGUCGUUAUUAGUGUAUCGUUAUUUAUAUUACAAAAUCCAGUUACAAUAACUAAUGUUGUUGGUAUGAGUAUAGCUGCAAUAGGUGUUAUGUUCUACAAUAAAGCCAAAUAUGAUCAACGUCGUAUUCAACAUAAAGAAACUAUUUUACCAUUAGUUCGAAGUGAACCCAAUUUAACUCCAUUAAAACAUGAUGAUCUUUCAUCGUCUCAUACACCCUCCGAAUUAACAGCACGUCACCAUGGAUUAUUACUUGAAUCUCGGCCAUCAAACGAUACUUAUGGAAAUCAAACAUUUAAAGACGUUUAA